AUGACCGCCUUCCCGUCGAAUUAUCAACAUUAUUCUAACCGCAGCAUCUAUCGUGACAGACGCCAUUGGCAUCUCGCAUCACAGGCUCGAAUACCCAGUGCUCAGGACAUAUCUGCUCGUACUCACCCGGACGUGCUUCAAAUUUUUCGACAAAAGAUCCACGGCGAAGUUGAUGCGAUGAAGCAUGCCAUCGCUUUGAUGCAGUCUCAGCUCAACUCAGUGGCUCCCAUAUCCUUGCUUCCUGUCGAAUUACUAGCAGAAUGCUUCACGAUUUUAGCCGACGCUCAUCCUCCAUCCGGCCGCCAAGAUCUUGGUUGGAUAACCGUGACACAUGUGUGUCACCAUUGGAGAGACUUUGCUUUGAGUAUGUCCUCGUUAUGGGCCGCGCCUGCUUUCUCUCUGGGUUCAAGAUGGGUUUCGGAGAUGGUAAUCAGAUCCAAGGGCAGACCGUUGACCAUUUGGCAUAGUUUGGCAUUCAAAGGAGCCGCUCCUCAGUCCAAUCGGUCAGCCAUAGCAGAUGCUAAGAACGUCAUCGACAUCCUGCGCGAACACCUGGACAGAGUAAAACAUAUCGAACUAAACGGAUUCCUACCGUCCUCCAUCGAUACCGCUCUAUCGACCUUAUGCCGGCCGGCGCCAUUCCUACGUGCACUGAACAUCAGCCAUACCGGAUUCGGGCAUCCAAUAUCCAUACCCUCUAAUUUCCUGGCAGGAAAUGCACCUUUAUUCCGCUCAUUGGAACUGCCGUACGUUGAGGGCGACUGGAUGGUCCCGGCUAUCCGCAACCUUCACUGCCUAGUUGUGUAUGGCUCAAAGGCGUCACGUUCAAUGGACCCUUUUCUCGACCUGCUGGAACGUAAUCCAGAAUUACGCUCUCUAGAGAUCAACUCCGUGUUCUUCCCAGUGAUACACCCGCCAUCUGGCACCCGUUCCCUCGAACUUCCCAAUCUGCAGUAUUUCACUUUCCAUGGGUCCGCAUCCAGUUGUUCAAUUCUCUUGAAUUCUUUUCUCAAAAAUCCCGUGGCCCUUGCAGUCACACUUCUCGUAGAGCGUGCCGAGACACCUGAAGAUGAUCACGAUACCUUGUACGCUGCUGUAUCCGCGAAAGUCGCCUUACGCCACCUACCUUUCCGUGUCCUCAGUAUUGGUCACGGUGUCAAGAAUAAUUCGCUACCAGGCACCAUAUUAUUUGAGACCUCACGACGGAUUCGCUGGACCAAUGACCGUCCCGACUUUGCUCCUUUCGCGGUACGACCUCCUUCCUUCGCCCUCAGGCUGCAUCCGCCCAUGUCACCCUUUAAUGAUCGCAUAGCAUGUAUCAUCAAUGCUAUUCAAAAGCUUUCCUUCAACGACAUCGAGAUGCUCAUCGUCCGGAAGGCAGGGGGGUACCCGGGUGUCUGGGAAGUGCUCUCUCGCUUACCAUCCAUCAAAUACCUGGAGUUCUCCCACCGUCCCCUCGAAGUUAUUAGAUUGCUUUCCCACAAGUCAAAUCAAACCGAAUCAGGCCUAUCCACUGUGUCCGCAUUCCCACAAUUGACGCACCUUCGUAUUCAAGACAUCGAUUUCACCUGGUACCCGGGCGGAUUGACUCCUGAGCUACAGGAUCACUUAGUAUCCAUGCUGUGCACAAGGACUCAAACGAUCUGUCGAGUCCAAUGGCUUUGUCUCACGGACUGUACGAUAUCGGAGGAAACCCUGGAGAAAAUCCGGAAGAUUGUGCCCGAGGUUUUUGUGGAGGAUGAAGAUGAUUGA